AUGGAGUCAGAAGAUCGACAAACCGAAUCUGCCCCUUUGUGUGAAGUAUGUCACCAACAUCCCGCAAAAUACACUUGCCCUGGUUGUAAGAAACGUACGUGCUCUCUACAAUGCGUUCGAAAGCAUAAAGAAACGGAUAAGUGUUCUGGUAUUCGAAAUCGCACUCGCUUCGUAUCUCUUUCCAAUUACAAUGAUGAGACAGCUCGAUAA